AUGGCACCCAACCUGCCAAAGACUUUCAAAGCCGCCCUUUUCAAGGAGGCCAAUGCGCCUCUUGUUGUUGAGGAUGUUCCAUUGGAGUCCCCGAAGCAUGGGGAAAUUUUGAUCAAAGUCCAAGCAUCUGGAGUAUGUCACUCCGAUAUCAUGGUGCAGGCGGGAAUGAUGAACUCUUUCCCGAUCAUCCCUGGUCACGAAACAAUCGGAGAGAUCGUUGCUGUUGGUCCGGAUGAGAAAAUGUGGAAGGUGGGCGACCGUGCCGGUGGAGCAUGGCACGGUGGACAUGACGGCACCUGCCGCGAGUGUAGACGUGGGCAUUUCCAAAAUUGCGAGAACGAAGCCAUCAAUGGUGUCAGCCGCAACGGGGGCUACGGAGAAUAUGCCACCCUUCGCAGUGAGGCCGCUGUGCCGAUUCCCAAAGACGUCGAUGCCGCGGCGUAUGCACCCUUGCUCUGCGCAGGUGUAACUGUUUUCAACUCAAUUCGAAACAUGGGAAUUGCGCCUGGCCAGACUGUUGCCAUCCAAGGACUCGGAGGACUUGGCCAUCUUGCACUCCAAUUUGCGGCGAAAAUGGGGUACAAGGUCGUUGCCCUGUCCAGCAGUGCUAGCAAGCAGAAGUUCGCCAAAGAACUUGGUGCGCAUGUCUAUCUUGAUGGAAGCAAAAAGGACCACGUUCAAGCUCUGAAUGAAAUGGGAGGUGCCGCACUUGUCGUUUGCACGGCUCCAAACCCCGAGUUGAUUGGGCCUUUGAUCAAUGCUAUCCAGCCUCGCGGAAAACUCCUCGUUCUUGCUCCUUGCGGAGACAUCUCCAUCAACACCGUUCCUCUAGUGGUAAAGGGUUUGUCUGUUCACGGCUGGCCCUCGGGCGCAAGCUUGGAUUCGGAGGAGACAAUUGAGUUUGCUGAAGUUCAUGGAGUGAACUGUCUCGUGGAGAAAUUUCCGCUCAAGGACGCAGCCAAGGCAUUCCAGCACAUGGCUGAUAACAAAGCCCGCUUCCGUGCUGUUAUUGUGAUGGAGUAA